ACAGCAGCUUCCUUGGUAGUGUAUGCAGCCUGUUUGUUGUAUGGGUUGCUCUAAGGGACCUUGGAGACAGGCCUUUCCGAUGGACAUUCAUGUUUCUAACUUUGCACUACCCCAAUGUAGGCUCCAAACAGGCAUGCGAGGUGCUUUUGGAAAGCCCCAGGGCACUGUGGCCAGGGUUCACAUUGGCCAAGUUAUCAUGUCCAUCCUCACCAAGUUGCAGAACAAGGAGCAUGUGAUUGAGGCCCUGCGCGGGGCCAAGUUCAAGUUUCCUGGCCGCCAGAAGAUCCACAUCUCAAAGAAGUGGGGCUUCACCAAGUUCAAUGCUGAUGAAUUUGAAGACAUGGUGGCUGAAAAGCGGCUCAUCCCAGAUGGCUGUGGAGUCAAGUACAUCCCCAAUCGUGGUCCUCUGGACAAAUGGCGGGCCCUGCACUCAUGAGGGCUUCCAAUAUGCUGCCCCCACUUAAUACCAAUAAAUUCUACUUCCUGUCCACCUAAAAAAAAAAAAAAAAAAA